CAAACACAUUAAUGGGAAUUAGAGUUCAUGAUAAUUGAUGAAAAGUUUUGGAUAAAGAAAUUUCUUUACUCUAUUAACAGAUAUGGCUAAAGAAAGUGAAUUACUUUUACGUCUUAUAAACAUUGGUGUUUGUAAACUAAAUGAAUUUACUCUGAAGAGUGGUGUCAUCUCACCUAUUUAUAUUGAUUUAAGACAAAUCAUCCAUUACCCGGAUCUUGUUCAUGACAUUGCUGAAGCUGUCCAUCGGAAACAAAUUGAGCGAAAGAUAAAUGUAGAUGUUUUAUGCGGUGUGCCGUAUACGGCAUUACCAAUUGCUUCUGUUGUGUCUGUUUUACACAACAUUCCUAUGGUGCUACGACGCAAAGAAGCUAAAAGUUACGGUACUAAGAAAUUGGUUGAAGGCGUCCUGAAGGAAGGAGGUAAUUGUUUAAUAAUUGAAGACAUCGUAUCUAGUGGUUCCAGUGUGAUAGAAACUGCUGAAACUUUAAGGAAAGAAGGGUUAAUAGUGACAGAUUGUAUUGUAGUUCUAAACAGGAUGCAAGGGGGUUUGGAAAACUUAAAAAAAGAAGGUAUAUGUUUGCAUUCGUUAUUUGACAUUAAUGAUAUAUUUGAUAGUUAUUGCGCUGUCAAUAAAGUAAAAAGGACUAUUAUUGACAAUGUUAAACUGUAUUUAGAAACAAAUACAUAUAUACCUGUAAAAAAAUUAUCCCAACAAUCAAAAUGUUUAACUUUCGCCGAAAAAGCUGAAAAAAUUAAUCAACCUGUAGCCAAGAAGCUUUUUGAAAUAAUACUUAAGAAAAAGAGUAAUCUUUGUGUAGCUGUGGAUACUAUUCAUGCGGAGGAGUUACUGAAGUUAGUGGGUGACCUGGGGCCUUAUGUUUGCAUGAUUAAAACUCACAUUGAUAUUUUGAGGGACUUUAAUGAAAGUGUAACAGAAGAACUGACUAAAUUAGCUAAAAAGCAUGAUUUCCUUUUAUUUGAAGAUCGGAAAUUUGCUGUAGGUAAUACUGUUGUGCAUCAGUAUGAAAGUGGUCUGUAUAAAAUAAAGCAGUGGGCUGAUAUAGUCACAGUUCAUGGGCUUCCUGGAAGUGGAAUUAUAACUGCUUUGAAAAAUGCUGCAGAAGAUUACAAGGAUCGAGCUUGUGUACUUAUAGCAGAAAUGAGCUCAAAAGGUGCUUUAACAAAUAAUGCUUACAAAAAAUGCAUUAUUGAAAUGGCUGAAAAUCAUCCAGACUUUGUGAUUGGGUUUGUGAGCCAACAUAAAUUUCCUGAAAACGAUACCUUUAUUUAUAUGUGUCCAGGUGUAAACAUAAAACAUAGUGACGACACAUUAGGACAACAAUAUAAAUCUCCUGAAGAAGCAGUGAAAGAUGGUGCAGAUGUAAUUAUUGUUGGAAGAGGUAUCUGCAAUUCUGAUAAUGUUAUUCAAACUGCUAAUGAAUAUAAAACUAGAGCUUACAGUGCUUAUUAUCAAAUGCGUAGUCAAUAAUUACUUAUAUUUUCCAUUUGAUAAAAGAAAAUUUAAAUAAAUUAUUUUCUUGUUUA